AGUCCGGCUGGAAAGUGUUCGCGACUACAAGUCCCGUGACCUUGCUUCUCCGCCACCCAACCUGCAGUCCACCUCCGCGGCCUCGGCUGGGCCUCCGGGGCCCCGGGUGAGGCGUUCCGGCUAGUCAGCUGUUUCUCUCCAGGGCACUUGAAGCGGAAGCCGUAGGGGCGCGGGGAGGAGCUUCGCGCUCUGGGUGAACACCCGCCUUACGUGCUCGUUGGCCUCCGGACCGCUGCGCGUGAGCCGGGUGUCCCCGCGGCGGGCAGCGGCGGCGUCGGUGGAACGCGGAGGGGGUGGAGGGAGUCCGCGGAGGCGGCGGCAGCUGCAGCUCUGAAAUGGCGGAGACCGUGGCGGACACCCGGCGGCUGAUCACCAAGCCGCAGAACCUGAAUGACGCCUACGGGCCCCCCAGCAACUUCCUCGAGAUCGAUGUGAGCAACCCGCAGACGGUGGGGGUCGGCCGGGGCCGCUUUACCACCUAUGAAAUCAGGGUCAAGACAAAUCUACCUAUUUUCAAGCUGAAGGAAUCUACUGUUAGAAGAAGAUACAGUGAUUUUGAAUGGCUGAGAAGUGAAUUAGAAAGAGAGAGCAAGGUUGUAGUUCCCCCUCUUCCUGGGAAAGCAUUUUUGCGUCAGCUUCCUUUUAGGGGAGAUGAUGGAAUAUUUGAUGACAACUUUAUUGAAGAAAGGAAGCAGGGGCUGGAGCAGUUUAUAAACAAGGUCGCUGGACAUCCUCUGGCACAGAAUGAACGUUGUCUUCACAUGUUUUUACAGGAUGAAAUUAUAGAUAAAAGUUAUACGCCAUCUAAGAUAAGACAUGCCUGAAAUUAAGCAAGAAGGGGCAGAAAAACUUUCCUGUGACUAUAAAUGAUUCAUAUGCACCAGUGAAGAAGUUCUAACUAACUUUAGCAUGCUGCACAGAAACUGGUAUAACAUGCCUUCAGUAUACUAACACUCAUGUGCUCAAUUUUGUUUUAUUUUGUUUUGUUUUGGCAGUUGACAAGAAGUUAAUUUGCUUUAGUGGAAAUCCCUCAUUCCAGCCUUUCUGUAUAAAUAGCUCUUCCUUGCUGUUUUAAUGUGGUGCACACUAUAGCCUCACCAACCUGUUACUCCAGUAUAUUCUGCAGUGUCCUAACUAAAGUUACUGACUUGGUCUUAUCUGCACAGGUUUUUGUGUCAUGUUUGCUUCUUGAAUCUGACUAACUAGAAUAUUUCUCUUUUACCCUUUUUAAUACGUGAUGCCACUUGACCUAAGUUAUGUGUAGGAGCACUACACCACUGGUUUCCAGUUCCGUGGACGCAAGUUACACACUUGUGUGCAGAAAGUAUCUCCCUUCAGGCUGUUAUAUCCUUCACAUGGAAGAUCAGUGAGGGAAGUCUUUAUAUUCCGUAUAAAAACAAAAUCAAAUUUAUAUACUAAGAUCAUUUGUCUAAAAUUUUAAGUUGUUUUCAAAUAAAAAUAAAAAUGCAUUUCUGAUAUGCACUGAUUGUGCUGUCUCCGGCUUUUCUUUUCUCCCUCCAUAGCUUUACUACUUAACUCACUCGUUGAGAGGGAUUAUUUACUAAUUAUAUACUUCUCAUUCCUGUAACCCCAUUCCUCUUUAAACUGUGGUGAUAUCAAAUAUGCCAUCACCCUUUGAACGGGGUAUUUUCUUUUAAAUAACACAAAAAGUGAUGUACUGAAAAAAAGCAUUCCUUAAGGCUUAUUGAAUCGUUAUGAAUCACUGUGUAUUUGAAAAAUGCUUUAUAAUCUUAAGUUAUUCUUUUUAAAAGACCUUUUAAGGUAAGUCAGUACC